UACCUUGUCCCUCCUCCCCCCGAAGUUGCGAGUCCCAGAGUCGGCGGCCCUUCAGCGUCAUGUCUCACCAAACCGGCAUCCAAGCUAGUGGAGAAGUCCAAGAAACCUUUGCUAGAGCUAGAAAUGGACAAUACAGAUUUUUGAAAAUAGUUAUUCAAAAUGAGCAGCUUAUUGUGGGAUCCGCAAAACAGUGUCAUGGAUCUUGGGAAGAAGAUUAUGAUUCCUUUGUACUACCGGUCCUUGAAGACAAGCAGCCAUGCUACAUACUCUACAGAUUAGAUUCUCAAAAUGCCCAAGGAUAUGAAUGGAUUUUUAUUGCAUGGUCUCCAGACCAUUCUCCUGUCCGUCAAAAAAUGUUAUAUGCUGCUACCCGGGCAACCCUGAAGAAAGAAUUUGGAGGUGGGCAUAUUAAGGAUGAAGUAUUUGGAACAAACAAGGAUGAUGUCUCCUUGAAUGGUUAUCGAAGAUACUUGGUGACUCAAUCCUCACCUGCCCCUUUGACUGCAGCAGAAGAAGAACUUCGACAGAUCAAGAUUAAUGAGGUACAGACUGAAGUCAGUGUUGACACUAAGCACCAGACCCUACAGGGGGUGGCAUUUCCUAUUGCUAAGGAAGCUCUCCAAGCACUGGAAAAACUGAAAAACAAACAGCUGAACUAUGUGCAACUGCAAAUUGAUAUCAAAAAUGAAACAAUCGUCCUGGCUAGUACAUUCCCAACAGAACUGAAAGAUUUGCCGAAAAGAAUUCCAAAGGACUCUGCACGGUAUCACUUUUUCCUCUACAAACAUUCCCACGAAGGAGACCAUUUGGAAUCCAUAGUGUUCAUCUACUCUAUGCCUGGCUACAUGUGUAGUAUACGAGAGCGGAUGCUGUAUUCCAGCUGCAAGAGUCCCCUCCUAGAAAUUGUGGAAAGACAGCUGUGGAUGCAGAUUAUCCGAAAGAUUGAAAUCGGCGAUGGAGAUGAGCUGACGCCGGAGUUCCUUUAUGAGGAAGUUCAUCCCAAACAACAUGCACACAAACAGAGCUUUGCAAAGCCAAAAGGGCCUGCGGGAAAAAGGGGAAUCCGGAGGUUGAUCAGAGGACCAGCUGAAACAGAAACACCUACAGAUUGAAUGCAGUUUAUAAUCUCUACUGGGAAGAGAAGCAUUGUAAUUGGGGGUGAGGGAGGAAUGCACCCAAGCCUUUAAUAAUGGAAAUGCCAGCUUUCUACAUUGAUCUUUUCCAGGAGAGAGAGAUAGAUACAGAUUGAGAAAAAGCAAACCUAUGACUUUCCACUACACUUAUCUGGCUAUGCCACUAUAGAUUUUUAUUAAGGUCCACAGCCUGUGGUUGUAAAUGUAUUAGUUAAAAGCUAAAAAUAUAAACUUGCAGAUUGUUAGCUGUAAACUGAAUUUAUUUUAUACCUACACAAUUUGCCACUCUUGUACUUUCUGUAGAAUCUGUAUAUACCGCCAACUUUAAUGGCAAGACAAAUGGAAAAUCUUUAUGUUCUUGAAAAUCUUGAAAUUAUCUGCAUUGCCUACCUCUCUUAGAGAAUUGCUUCUUUGGGAAAACAAAGCCAGCAAUAUGCUUUGUAUCUUCACUGUAUUUUCCCCGUCUCUAUAGUAGUCAUCAAAACAAUACCUGGUUUAUGUGUAUUGUUCCAUAUCAUGAUUCAAUGCAUUUAUGUACAAGCAAACUAUUUCUCCAAACAAUCAGAUCAUGGAAGAGUGAAAUCCAAUUCACUUGCUAUAGGGAGCCCUAAAUUAGAUUCUGUUCUAGCCUUCUGACAACACUUCUUACUUUUGAUCUCCAAGAAUAACACUACUUUUUUCACAAACAGCAUCUUACAAUAAAGAUAAACACUACUUAAUCAAGAAAAUCGAUUAGAACGAUACUGUAAAGGACACAAUAGCUAUAAGAACUGGUUUUCCUACCCAAAUAUUCUUAUUUAAUUACAUUAUACAAAAGCUGCUGUGAUGUUAUUGACUUUCAGUACUGACAAUGUUCACAAGCAAGCAGUUGUGUCCUAAUGCAUUUCUGGUCUAAAUAAAAUUCUUCUCAUGUCACAUUUUUGAAAUGUCUUACAAUAUAAAGCAAUCAUAGGUUCGAAACUACUUUAUAAUUAUUUUUAGUUAGAAGUAAGUCUUCCAGCUGGUUUAACCUAAUCGAUCAGUUAAUUGGUAAAGGGUUAUUUUCUGUUGAAUAAAAAGCCAUAAUCUUUUCAAUAAUAAUAAUAAUAAUAAUAAUAAUAAUAAUAAUUAUUAUUAUUAUUAUUAUUAUUAUUAUUCCACCCUUCUCCCUGUGGAGAUUCAGAGCCCAUUACAAUAUAUAUACAGACACAGGCAAACAUUCAGUGCCUUGUUACAAAAGACAUAUAAUGGGACACAAGACAAAGGCAAAGACUUCUCCUUUCUUGGUUCAGAGGCGGUGCUCAUCUCCGGCUCUGGGGAGAUGUUCUUUCUCCAUUUCCAAGCUGAGGAGCCUGUGUCCAUAAACAAUAUGUGGCUGGCAUGACUGCUUGGAGCAUCUUUUUGCCUUUUCCUGCCGAAGUGGUACCUAUCACAUUUGCAAAUUUUUGAACUGCUAGGUUGGCAGAAGCUAGGGCUGACAGCGAAAGCUCAUCCCAUCCUGCAGAUUCGAACUGCCAACCUUCAAGUCAGCAAUUCAGCAGCACAAGGGCGCCACUGAGGUUGUAGGCCACACAUUCUGUUGUGGAUGGAGACUAUGAAAAAUUACUUCCUAACAUGUUUAGAACUUAAUAAUUGGCACACUUACUUCCACUACUGAAUCAUGUACCUCCAGGGUGCUAUAUAAAUUGCAAUAUUUCAAACAAAUGUAGUAACUAGUGAUUUGCUUUGUAAAUCAGUUCUUAAUUUAAAAUAUAUAUUGAAAAGGAAGCUGUUUAAAGUUUUAAAGGACUUUAAUAAACACGAAUUCCAAAUAUUUGAACCAGAGUAGAAAUAUGUUUCCAAUACAGCUGUCCCUUCGUAUCCACAGUUUUGGCAUCCAGAAUUUCAACCAUCCAUGGCUUGAAAAAAUUCUGGGGGGAAAAAUCCCAAAAGCAAACCUUGAAGUUUACCAUUUUAUAUAAGGGACACCAUUUUACUAUGACAUAACAUAUGAUGGGACUUAAGAUUUUGGUAUCCACAGGAGGAAUGCUGGAACUAAUCCCAGCAGAUACCAAGGGCAACGGCACAAUAUUUCUGCUUUAAGCUUUAUUUUUGUGUGUGAUAGAAUACUUAUCAUUCUCUGUUUUCAAUAUUUACGCAGAAAUAUAUACAGACUCCAUGACCAUUUAUACAAUUGUUUUCUUUUGAUGUCAGUUUAUUACCAUUGCAAUUCUCCUUUUUGGCCAGUAAUUUUAUGGUAGUAAAGUAAUUGUUUGCUCUCAGUUUCAAUAACUGAAUGGUGGGAGGGUUUUCUUCCCUUUUCCUAUGCCAAUACUCCCAAAUCGGUUGGAGUCAGAGGCACUAUAUCCAUUAGUUCUGCAAUAAAAAGUCCCCAAGAAAGCAAUGAAAUAUUCUGCAUUUAUUCAACAGGCGUUACUUCCAGAUAAAUGUGUAUAAGAAUAUAGCCCGAGAAGGCUUGUAAUAAAAUAGAAAGAAAACCUGA